AUGACCGCCGAUGUUCACAACGCGGCUUCUCGCGUCCUCUCUGCAGAGCCCACGCGCGACCCUAGCUACAACGAUUUCUCCUUCACGCCCUUCCUCCGCAAGAGCUUCGGCUUCGGCCUCGCCAGCGAUGUCCCCGUCUGCAAGGCCUACGGCGAAGGCCACUGCCCAUUAGGCCCUGCUUGCCCAGACCGACAUCCUACUCCUUCCCGAGUCACCACAUCUACAACCACCGCCUCAGGGAUGGCACCAUCCACCACACAUGGCUCGCUCGUCUGCAAGCAUUUCCUCAAGGGCCUCUGCAAGAAGGGGCUGAAGUGCGAGUAUCUGCACGAAUACAACCUGCGACGCAUGCCCGAAUGCCAAUCCUUCUCCCGGUCCGGAUACUGCCCCAACGGCGAUGACUGUCUCUAUCAACACGUUCGCGAAGAGGCCCGAUUGCCACCAUGUGAGCACUACGAUCGGGGAUUCUGUGAACUGGGCCCUCUCUGCGCCAAGCGACACGUUCGCCGAAAGCUCUGCCUGUUCUACCUUGCCGGCUUCUGCCCCGACGGCAAAAGCUGCACGAAUGCACACCCUCGAUGGACGGAGAAUCUCCCGCGGCCAACCAUGCGGACAGAAAAGACCGAGGAAGAGCUGGAGCAUGAGCGUGCUCUGAUCCGCGAAGAACAAGAGCGUGAGAAGGAACGAGAGCGCGAGUGGCGGAGUGAACGUGGCCGGGGAGGUGGUUUCAUGCGAGGCCGUUAUCGCGGCCGAGGGAGGGGUUAG